UUAUUCAAAAUUCAAGCUUGAUUGUGUUUUUUCAUAUAUAUAUUUUUUGAUUUUAAAAAAGUAUGUUGCAAUCAAUAACAGUCGCGCCGCUAAGGGAAUAAAAAAAUAGGAGGGACCUUAUCAAACAUGACAUUAGACGCACACACGUUGUCGUUGCAGAUGGACAAUAAAACACGCGUUAAAGUUUUAUAUAACCCAAAUUAUGAAUAAAGGAGGGGAGUGGUUUCACACUAUUAAUGAUCAUAUUGUUUAGAUUGUGAAAUCCGUGUUUGUCAUUGCUUUUUAACGAGGAUAGUAAGCUCUUGUGUUUUCUCAUUCUCCUCCGCAAGAAUUAGCUUAGAAAUGCUUGUUCAUAAGAAAAUUGUAGCUUAAAACAACACAUUAAACACCCACAUGUCCCCACCAUUAAAAAAAAUAAAAUAAAAUAAACGAUUCCCCCUCAAACCCCAUUUCAGGUUGAUUAUAAAAUGAGAAGAUGACUAAUUCUAUAGGAGUAAUACAGAGUACUCCUUUUCUUACCAUAACGACUCAUGUUUCCUGCAUGACUUCCCCACCCGAAACACUCUUCUUCUUCAUUAUUAUUAUUAUUAUUAUUUCUUAAACUUCAUCUCCUUCUUAUUAUAAUAAUAAUAAUUAUUAUUUCUGCUUGUUGUUCUAAUUAGUUAAACUCCCAUGGAAACACAACCCCCUAAUAUCUCAAAAAUGGAUUCCACCAAAAACCCAUAUUUUCAUUCCUUAAAAAAUGUCUCCCUUCUCCUUCUCCUUCUCCUAAUCGCCGGAGUUAUUUCUCUGUCCUUCCUCUCUUCUACCUCCUCUAAAUCCCUCUUCACUUCAAAAUUACUCCAAUGCCCCUCUGUUUCCCAUCAGAAUGAGAAUGAGACAACAACAUUGCAUCAAGACGAGCUAGAAGAAGCAUUAGAGAAAGCAUCAAUGAAGAACAAUAAAACAGUAAUAAUCGCGGUGAUAAAUAGAGCGUAUGUGGAAGGUGAAGUAAUGCCGAACAUGCUUGAUUUGUUCUUAGAGGGGUUUUGGGCAGGGGAAGGAACAAGGGAGCUUGUCAAACAUCUUAUGAUUGUGGCUGUUGAUCAAACGGCGUACGAACGCUGUGUUUAUCGUGGCCUUCAUUGUUAUCGUCUUGAAACGGACGGUCUUGAUUUCAUGGGGGAGAAAGUUUUCAUGUCUGCUGAUUUCAUCAACAUGAUGUGGAGAAGGACUCUGUUUUUGACUCAUAUCCUUCAAAAAGGAUACAACUUCAUUUUUACGGAUACAGAUGUGAUAUGGCUAAGGAACCCCUUCAAAGUUCUAACCACAAAUGAGACGGGAGAUUUCGACAUCCAAUUUAGCACUGACAUUUACAAUGACAACGCAUUUUCUACCCGAAACCUAAUCAACACCGGCUUUUACUUUGUAAAAUCCAACAAUAAAACUAUCAGGUUGUUUGAAAAAUGGUACGGACUGAAGGAAAACUCUACCGGGCUAAAGGAGCAAGAUGUUUUACAAAGAAUGAUAUGGCAAGAUGUACUUACCAAUAUGGGUAUCAAGUCUAGGUUCCUUGAUACCCGAUUUUUUAGUGGGUUUUGUCAACUAAGUCGAGAUAUUCCAUCUGUUAUCACUGUCCAUGCCAAUUGUUGUCGGUUUAUUAGUGCCAAGGUGGCCGACUUGGGGAGGGUCCUUCAUGAUUGGGCUUGGUUCAAAGUAGCUCCAACUAAUGUAACUAGUUCUCUUCAAUGGUCCCCACAUAUUGAAUGCAUAAAGUCGUGGCAUAAGAAUGGUUAAGACUUGAUUUCGAGGAACUUUGAGUUUACUAUUCACAAAGAUAAAAGAUUACGCUGGUUAUAAGCUUUUUAUUUUUUUGUAUACUUGUUUUUAUUAUACAAACGUAAGUUAGAAGUCCAUGUAAAAUGAUCAGUGUUAAUAUACUUAAUGAUGCGAGAAUGUAUAUCACAUAUAGUUAAUACUC